AUGAAAAAAAAUUAUUAGAAUCCUAUUUUUUAAAGCUUUGAUAAAGAAAAUUCAAUGCUAAAUGUACUUAAUGAAUCGAAUAAUGAUCAUCAAUCAAUUUUAUACAAUUAAAUUAAUUAAUCUUACACCUUUCAAAAUAACAUUAAUAAAUUAAGAGGAGGAGGAAAUUCAUAGCCUAAUCCCCAAAUUUAAUAGAAUAGUAAUCUAAAUGAUAUUUUUAAUGAAUAAGAUAUUUUCUAAUAUUUAAAAUAUCACACUAUUCUUCUUCGAAGAAUAUUAGGAAAUUAAAUAAACUAAAAUGGGAGGGAUUAAUUAGAAAAAGUGGUCUAAUGGAUAAAUUCGAAAGGAAUUAUUAAUUAGUUAUUUAAUUAAUGUAGGCUAGAUGAAAGAAAAAUUGCUAUAGUUAUGGCAUCUAUUGACAUUCUAUUAUCAUGUGUAAUAAAUACACCUAUACAGCUAUCUUAUAAUUUGCUAUAAUUUACUCAAAAUCUAUUUCAAAUUCUUUACUAUCAAGAUAAGGUUAUUAAAAGUAAUAUAAUUAAAAAUUUGCACAUUUUUUCAGAUAAUUUAUAAUUAAUUAACUAAAAAUAUCAAUAAUAAAAAGGUUUAGAAAUACUUUUUAAUUACUAAUUUUGUUUGAUAAAAGAUGUAGUUGAUCAUAUAUAAGAUAGAAAAGCAUACAACUUAUAGAAAUGUAUUUUCGAAUAAAAUACAUAUCUAAAGUAAAAUGAUGCAAAUAAUACUUUAAUUUAAGAUGCAAAAAAAUUUCUAUAAAGUGAUAACCCUAGAUAAUUAGAUAUAUUUUACUUUUUUUAAUAAUCAAAAUUAACAAUAAUUAGAAAACUGUUAAAUUAAUAAUAGAUUAUAGAAAUCUAAUAAAUUAUUAAUUAUUUAUGCAAAGUCUAUCAAUUAUGUAUUCAAAAUAAUUAAAACUGGAGAGUACACUUAGGGUUUCUUUAAAUGCUUCUUGAGUUAAUUUCAUAAAAAAAUAGUUUUUUAGAAGAUUUGCAAAAAUUUGAAGGGGAUGAUAUCACAAACAUAAUGUUUAAUGAACUAUAAAAUCAAUUGAUAGAAUUUUAGAUUGAAGAUAAUAUUAAUAUAUGGGAACAUUAUAUUAAGUCAAAAUGGGACUCUACAAUUAAAUGUUAUUUAGCAUUUAGUUUUAUGACAAUUAAAAAAAGUUAAAUAGCAAAAAAUGUAGAAUCAGCUUGCCAAAAAUUUAUUGAUCUAUUUUUAAAUAGUGAUUAAGAUGAAAAUACAAUAAGUGUCUUAAAAAAUGAACAACUUAAUGUUAUUGAGGAAGCUUUUGAACAAAACCUAAAAUAAAAUUAAUAAACUUAUUUAUAUAAAAUAUAUGGAAAUACACAAAUAGAAAAAUUAUAAGAGGAUUUUAUAAAUAUUGAUUUAAAAGUCUAAAGUAACAUAAAUAAUGAUGAUGUAAAAAAACAAUAACAAUCAAAUAAGUCCAACUAUUUAUUUAGGGAAGAUGUAGAUUAAGGUGUUAAAUAAGAAUAGAUAUAUAUAGUUAAUGAUUUUCUUUGGACUGAAAACAACAAUACUGAUGUUCUAUGGAUAAAAGGCAUAGCAGGAUCAGGUAAGAGUUACUUUUUAAAGCGAUUAUAAUUAUUUUUAUUGAAACACUAUCAUUCACAUUCAAAAUAAAAAAAAUGGAUUCCAUUUCUCAUUUCAUUAGAUGCUUUAAAAAAGUUGAAUAAUAAUAAUAUUUGGAGUUUAAUAUUAAAUGCGGAUGAUAUGGAAUUUAGAGAUGAAUUUAUGGGAAUUCUUAGUGAUGACUUAGAGAAUGGAUUAGUAAAUAUUGUUCUACUAUUUGAUGGGUUAGAUGAAAUGAAACAUUAAAUUUAAGAAGUAAACUUAGAUAUCAGUUUAUUCUAAAAAAAAUUAGGUAAAAAUGUAAAAAUAAUUAUUACAUCAAGAAGAGAAGUUUAAAUUGAAAAGUAAUUUAUAGGUUUAUAAUUUUAAAAUUUGACUGAAGUUGAAAUACUAAAAUUAGAUGAAUCAUAAAUUAAUGAAUAUCUUAAAUAAUACUGUAUAGAAAAUACUAGAUAAUAUUUAUAUCAAAUCUAUAACGAUUUUAUAGAUUAAGAAAAAAACUCUAAAAUUUCUAGAAUAAUGUUUAAUGAAUAUUGGCAAGCAUACUUUUUUGAAGAAGUUAAAACUCUUGUAGAAUAAACUAAUAAUGAUAAGUAUGAAAUUAUUUUCACUGAUACUCUAAUCAAUAAUUUUCUUAGCAAAUAAUAAAAAAUAUUUCAAAAUAAUAAUAAUCCAAAAGGAGAUUUAUUAAAGAUAUAGAGCUCUAGCAAACUGAUGAAAAUUAUUAAAGAAAAUCAAAUUUUCGAUUUGAUUUAAACUAUUUAAAUUCUCUAAGUUAUUCUUUAAGUCUUACCAAAUUUAAAUUAAAAUAUUACAAACAAAUUGUAUAGAAAAAAUAGGUUUAAGUGUAUUCUAUUAUAAUUAAAGAAUGAAUAAAUUAAAUAUUUUAAUGAACUUGAAUAAGCUAAAUUAUUUAGUGAAAAAGAUUAUGUUGAGAGGUUAGUAGUCAUAUUAGAAAAAAAUUAAUUUUUUGAUGAAUUUUUAGUUGAAAAAUUAGAUAAAAAUAUUAUGUAAAUUUCAGAGGUCGAUUUUAAUCUAAUUAAAAAUGCCGCAAAAUAAACUUAAUUAACUAAAUAUCAAAUAUAUAAAUUAUUUGUGUCUAAGUAUUAUGAAAUAUAUAUAAAAAAAUUAAAAGACUCAGGAUUCAAUAACAUAAAUGAAAGUUUUACUAAGGAACUAAAUAAAUUAUAAAUGUUUUUAGCUGUACAAAUGAUUAAACAUGAAUGCUUGUUAUUAGACACUUAAUAAGUCUAGAAUAUAUUUUAAUCUUAUUUAAACUAAAAUAAUUUAGAAGAUAAAAAAAAUCUCAUUUUACUAUAUUCAACCUUUAUUACUAAGAUUUAAAAUGGUAGCUUCAUAUUUCAGAAUAAAUCAAUUUAGGAGUAUUUUGUAGGAAAAUAUAUUUUAAAAUUGUUAAAAGAUUUUUCAAGAAAUUUUACAGGAAAAUCAAUUGAGUAAGGUUUGGAACAGAGUUAAUUUAAUUAAAACGAAUUUAAUUUAUCUCUUUUGUAGUUCUCUUAGGUAAUUAAUGAUAUAAAACCUGAAUUAUUAAAUUAUGAAGAUAUCAAAAAAAUCUUGUUAAAAAUAAUAAUCCUAUCAAGAAACGAAGUAUUUAUUAGAGCAGCUUCUAAUAGUAUAUUAUUAUUAAAUUUCUUGGGAAUAGAACUAAUAGGGGAAGAUUUAAGUAGAAUUAAAUUAAGUAAGACUAAUAUCUCUGGUCUAAAUGUAUAUGGAAGUAAUUUGGAUGAAUCUGAGUUUAAUGAAGUAAAAAUUGAUUAUUGCAAUUUUAAUAAUACCAGUUUAUAAAGAGUAAAAUGGACUUAAACACCUUGGAAUGGAGUUAUAGUUUUCAGAGACUAACAUUAAGAAAAAGUGAGUAGUAUAUUAUUCUCACCAAAUGGUUAAUUCUUACUUUCUUAUGGCUCAUCUUAAGUAAAUAUAUGGGAAUUAAUCACUCAAAAAAUAUUUAAGAAAAUAAAAUAUAAUCAAAAUUUAUGCUAUUGGCGGUUUUCAUCUGAUUCAACUAAAUUUUACCUAGGCACUGAGACAUUUUUAUAGAUUUACUGUAUUUAUGGGAACGAUAUAACAUUAUUAAUAACUAUUCCAUUAUAAUUAGGUCAACUGUAAUUGAGAAAUUUUCCAUUUACUUUUUACAAUAAGGAAGAGAAAUUAGUAUAUCGUAGAAAUUCGAAUUUUUAUAGUUAUAAUCUCAAAUCCAAACAAUAAUGGAACAAAUCAAAAAUUGCUGAUAAUUCAAUUAAAUUAACUUCUAUAAAGCUAAUAUCCAAUGAUAAAAUACUGAUAGGAACAAAAGACAGAGAAAUAAAGAUUUGGGAUGGGAUCAUCAAAAACAUCUCAAAAACAAUCACAAAAAAGGAUCACUAAAGUGAAAUAGUAUCACUUUCUGAAGAAACUUUUGACUUAAAAAUAAACUAAUAAGAAAUAUUUGACAAGAAAAGAUAAAUUUCAUUACUCAUAUCAGCUAGUGAAGACUAAGUAAUUGUAUGGCUUAAUGAUCAUGGUUAUGGAUACAAAUAAGUCAAAGCAUUACAUUCACAAACGAUUAAUGGCUAAUUACCAAGAUAUUCAAUUUUUAAUAAAAAACAUUUAGUUUAUAUCAUAAAUGAAUAUAUAGUAUUAUAUGAUCUAAAUUAAAUCAAUAAAUUAGAAGAAGACAUAACAUUUUGUGAUUCAAAUUGCAUAGCCUUUAUUAAUUAUGAAUGGGAAUAAUUUAGAUUAUUAUUUAUUGCUAAGGAAAAUUGUAUUGAGGUUUAUGAAUAUCUUAACAUCUGUAUAGGUGAAAUUCCACUAAAUUAAUGUCAACCAUUGUCUAUGGAUAUUAUCACUCAUAACCUUAUGAUUACUUAUAACAAAGAUAAUACAAUUAGGUUUUGGUCUAUAUGUUCAUAUUAUUAGAAUGAAGAAUAAAAAUUUGUUAGCAAUAAUAUGGAUCCCUUUAGAAAAUAGAAUCCAUUUAGUAGAAGCCGUGUUCUUCAAAGAUCUAUCAAAGGAUUUGUGUAAAAUUUGAAAUAAUCAUAUAAAUAUAAUGAGAAUGAAGGAACAUGCGAAGUUGCUGUUUAGGAGAAUGAGAAAUAGAUUAAUAUUUAUAAGGUCUAAAUAUUUGAGAAUCAAAUAAAAUAUCAUCUGAUUAAAUUGUAUGAAUUUUAAGAGGAUUAAAAAAUUGGUUGUUAUGCUUUAUGUAAUUAUGGGAAAAAAAUCUGUUACUGUGUUGAUAAUAUUAUUACAAUUAAAGAUUUAUAAAAUGAUGAUCAAACCUUACUUGAAUAGAUACAAGAAAAAGACAUUUAUUUAAUUAUGUUUAGUGAAACAUAUUAAUAUCUUGCUUCUUGUAGUAAAGAUUAUUCUAUUGUUAUCUAUAGUCUUGAUGAUUAAAAAAAAAAAAAAAAUUAUAUGAUAAACAAUUAAAAAUGUCUUGACUUGUUAUUUGUGAAGGAUGAUGUACUCGUUAUUUAGACUUAAACUUCAAUUAUUUGGUAUAAAAUUAUUUGGAAUAUAGACUCAAAAGAUUUAAUAGUUUAAGUUUUUAAAUAUUAUGAUUUUGAAUAAAGUGGUCAUAAUGAUAUUUUUUAAUAAUAAAUGAGCAUGGUCUAUCCCUUACCUCAACAAAACUAUAAUUAUAUUAAAUAAUACUUGGCAGUCAAAUAAGGAGAAAAUAUUAUUCUUAAACCUUUAAUUAAUGAUGAUUAAACUAAAGUUGUAAUUUUCAAUGAAAAAAAUAAGAAAAUAGAAUUUGUUAACGAAGAAUAUAUCAUAUUUUCUGAAGAGUCUUCUAAUAGUUUAGAAAUUAAAAAUGUAAGUAAAAUGUAAGAAAUCCGAAAGUUAGAAUAUUGUGCAUUUGCAAUAAGAGAACGAGAGUAUUUGAUAAUUGCAGUUGAAACAAUAAAUGAUAUAUAGGUUAUUCAAAUACUACCAGAAUAAAAAUUUACAACUGAAACUAUUAAAAAGUAAAUUUAAGGAAAGUUACACCAUUUUACUUUAUCAAAUAGUGGUUAUUUCCUAGCAUCAACUUAUAAUUAAGAAAUUACUAUUUAUUAUAUUACUAAAGGACUAUAAAUAAUAUAAAUAUCAAAAUUAUCUAUUGAAAUCGAAAUCAAAGAUAUUUAAAUUUCAGAUACUUAAUAAAUUAUUAUUCAAAGUUAAGAUGGCCUUUAUUAAUAUAAAUUGAAUUUAGAAGAAGAAUCAAUAUAUUCUAUUGAUAACUAUUUUGGAAAUAAUUAAUUAGUUCAAAAUAAUUAAUCUGUUAAAAUCGAAUUCUAAGUUAAUUAACUUCUUGAAUAUUACAAUUAUAAAGACACUAUAUUAAAUCACAAUGAUAAAUUGAUAGCAUUAAAAAUUGAUGAUCUAAUCUAUUUUACAUCACUUUAAAGGCCUUAACUUUAACUAUAACUUGAAGCUAAAUUCUUUUGCACCUCAAUUGAUUCGAAGUAUUUUGCCAUAAGUAAUAAUAAUUAAAUAAAAUAUUACGAUUGGUAAGAUAAUAUCAAAAAUAUAUAUAAUUUUGAUUAUAAAUAAGAUCUAUUUGACCUUAGAUUUUUAUAAAAUCCUAAUUAAAUAUUAGCUAUUUCUUCUAAUGAUAUUCAAAUAAUAUAGUGCUAAGAAAAUUAAAUUAAGAAAAUUAAAGGUAGAUAAUAUGCUAGUACACGAGCAUCAUCAAAUUUAGAUAUAGCUAAAAUUGAAAAAUCAAUUAUUUAAAUUUCUAAACCAGAAAUAAAUAUUGAAUUGUAUAAUCCAGAAGAUUAUGAUUUUAAUGCUUAUAAUCCAUAAUUUACAAGUGAUGGACAAUAUAUAAUAUAUGAAUAAAAUAAAAAGGUANCUAAAUUAACUUCUAUAAAGCUAGUGUCCAAUGGUAAAAUACUGAUAGGAACAAAAGACAGAGAAAUAAAGAUUUGGGAUGGGAUCAUCAAAAACAUCUCAAAAAAGGAUCACUAAAGUGAAAUAGUAUCACUUUCUGAAGAAACUUUUGACUUAAAAAAAGACUAAUAAGAAAUAUAUGACAAGAAUAGAUAAAUUUCAUUACUCAUAUCAGCUAGUGAAGACUAAGUAAUUGUAUGGCUUAAUGAUGAUGGUGAUGGAUACAAAUAAGUCAAAGUAUUACAUUCACAAAAGAUUAAUGGCUAAUUACCAAGAUAUUCAAUUUUUAAUAAAAAACAUUUAGUUUAUAUCAUAAAUGAAUAUAUAGUAUUAUAUGAUCUAAAUUAAAUCAAUAAAUUAGAAGAAGACAUAAAAUUUUGUGAUUCAAAUUGCAUAGCCUUUAUUAAUAAUGAAUGGGGUUAAUUGAGAUUUUUAUUUAUUGGUAAGGAAAAUUGUAUUGAGGUUUAUGAAUAGCUUAACAUCUGUAUAGGUAAAAUUCCACUAAAUUAAUGUCAACCAUUGUCUAUGGAUAUUAUCACUCAUAACCUUAUGAUUACUUAUAACAAAGAUAAUACAAUUAGGUUUUGGUCUAUAUGUUAACAAUAUUAGAAUGAAUUAUAAGAUUUUUAUAGCAUUUAUAUAGAUGCCUUUAAAAAAUAGAAUCCAUUUAGUAGAAGCCAUGUUCUUCAAAGAUCUAUCAAAGGAUAUGUGUAAAAUUUGAAAUAAUCAUAUAAAUAUAAUGAGAUUGAAGGAAUAUGCGAAGUUGCUGUUUAGGAUGAGAAUGAGAACUAGAUUAAUAUUUAUAAGGUCUAAAUAUUUGAGAAUCAAAUAGAAUAUGAUCUGAUUAAAGAUUAUAAAUUUCCAGAGGACCAAAAAAUUGGUUGUUAUGUUUUAUGUAAUUAUGGGAAUAAAAUCUGUUACUGUGUUGAUAAUAUUAUUACAAUUAAAGAUUUAUAAAAUGAUGAUCAAACCUUACUUGAAUAGAUACAAGAAAAAGACAUUUAUUUAAUUAUGUUUCGUUCCCAUUACUUUGGAAGAUAUCAACAUGUUACUACAUAAAAGAUUUAUGUCAAUUGA